AUGCAGACAUUUGGCGUGGCCAAAGCGCCACUGGAACUGGAGCAGGAGCAGGCGGAUGGGCAUGGCAAUUCGCUGAACAUGAUACAGCGCAACUAUAUGGUCAUGCAUCCGGCGGGUGCAGCGGCCGCAGGCAGCGCUGCUGGCGAGCACAGCGACCACAGCGAUCACAGCCGCUCGCUGAAGCGCGCCUCGCUGACCAACACGAGCAUCACCUGCAACGAUGGCACCCACGCGGGCUUCUACCUGCGCAAGCAGCCCAACUCGAAGAAAUGGAUUGUGUUCCUCGAGGGCGGCUGGCACUGCUUUGACAAUCGGUCGUGCCGGGCGCGUUGGCUGCGACUGCGCCACCUGAUGACCUCCUCGCAGUGGCCAGAGACACGAGAUGUUGGUGGCAUACUGUCGCCGCACGCCGAGGAGAAUCCCUACUGGCACAAUGCCAAUCAUGUGCUGGUGCCCUACUGCAGCAGCGACUCCUGGUCGGGCACACGCACCGAGCCGGACACACGCGAUCGCGAGAACAACUGGCGCUUCAUGGGCGCCCUGAUACUGCGUCAGGUGAUUGCCGAUCUGAUACCGCUGGGUCUGGGUCGCGUAGCCGGCGGCGAGCUGCUGCUGGUGGGCUCCUCCGCCGGAGGCCUGGGUGUCAUGCUCAACUUGGAUCGUGUGCGCGACUUCCUGGUCAACGAACGCAAGCUGCAGGUGACGGUGCGUGGCGUCAGCGACUCGGGUUGGUUUCUGGACCGCGAGCCUUACACCCCAUCCGCAGUGGCAUCCAGCGAGGCGGUGCGUCAAGGCUGGAAGCUGUGGCAGGGCCUGCUGCCCGAGGACUGCGUCAAGGCGCAUCCCACCGAGCCCUGGCGCUGCUACUUCGGCUAUCGACUGUAUCCCACGCUAAAAACUCCACUGUUUGUGUUCCAGUGGCUCUUCGAUGAGGCCCAAAUGCGCGCCGACAAUGUGGGCGCGCCCGUUACGCCCCAGCAAUGGAAUUAUAUACACGAAAUGGGCGGCGCGCUGCGCUCCUCGCUGGACAAUGUGAGCGCCGUGUUUGCGCCCAGCUGCAUUGGGCAUGCGGUGCUCUCCAAGCGCGACUGGGUGAACAUCAAGAUCGACGACAUCUCGCUGCCUGCGGCGCUGCGCUGCUGGGAGCACUCGACGCGGCCGCGACGCAAGCGCCACGACAAGCUGAAGCGCUCCACGGAGGCGACGACGAUGGCGCUGCAGGAGCAGCAGCUGCUGCCACACCCUAAUGCCAACAGCCAAAGACAUCAGCGACAUCGCCAGCGGGCACAGAAGCUGAACAAUGUGGCGCAGCCGCAGCGCAAGCGCAAUCAUCUCAGCAAGGAGCAGCGCGAGGAGCGCAAGCGUCGCCGUCAGGAGCGACAGCGGCGCAAGCAGCGACGCCGCCAACAGCAGCAGCAGCUGCAGCGCAAGCGCGAAAGCCAGGCGGACGCCAACAGCAGCAAGAGCAACAACAACAACAACAACAACGAGCAGCGAAAGCAGCGACGCCGCCAACAACUAAGCGCAGAGCAGCAGCUGCAGCGCAAGCAGCAACGCCAGCAGCGACGCAAGCUGCAGCAGCAGCAGCAGCAGCAACCGGAGCUGCAGCAGGAGCAACAGCCGAGCGAGCCGCAAAAGCGUCGCGCCUCGAACAGCGCCUCCAAGCCGAAGCCGAAGCCGAAGCCGAAUCCGAAUCCGCUGCGGCAGCGUGUGCCGCGCGUGCCGGAAAAGUGCGGCCUGCGUCUGCUGGAGCGUUGCAGCUGGCCGCAGUGCAACCACUCGUGCCCGACGCUGACCAAUCCGCUGACCGGCGAGGAGAUGCGCUUUCUCGAGCUGCUCACCUCCUUCGGCCUGGACAUCGAGGCCGUCGCCGCCGCACUCGGCGUCGAUAUGCACACGCUGAACAACAUGGAGCGCACCGAGCUGGUCAACCUGCUGACGCAGCAGGUGAGCUGA